CCACUGACUACCGAGUAUCUGCGUAGCCUUGUGACCACGACUGCUCCCGGUGUGCCUUUACCUAAGUCGUGUCUGGCAUGCGCGGACCCUGGGCCCAUGUUCUCUCUCAAGUCUUUAUUUGCUCUUCAACUGCCAUCUUUCCCCUUCACACCACCUUUAGUUCCACUUCUUGAUACUUUGUUAAACGGCUAUUUCCCUAUACACGUCGAGGUCUUCAAUCAAUCUCUUCGCUCCUCUGAUUCGCCCGCGUGCGGCCGAGGCUCGCCAUCUUGUCAACUAAUCGAUAAGCCGUUGGUUCCGCACCUCCGUCCUCUAACAGCCCUGCCCGUGUCUCCUCCGCCUUUUUCUAACCACCCCCAAACUCGCCCAAAAAGGGUAGGGGGUGAUCCGUUCAUUUGUUCCUUGUCCACAAUGCCAGAGAAACCUCUCACCAUCGCAACCUAUGCCGCUGGAGCCUCUCUCGCCGCCAUCACCCUCGUCUACGUCUUUGGCCCCACCUUCAUCCUCGACGAUGAAGCCUCAUCUACGCGCAAAAAGGGCGUCGUCGGCCUGAGCAACGCUGCCAAUGACUGCUUCAUCAACUCUAUCCUACAGGCCCUAGCAGGUCUCCCGGACCUCCGCAUAUAUUUAAUACGAGAGAUCCAUCGUCGGAAGCUCGAUGGCGCCGAUAUGUACGAUGUCGAUCCCGACCACAAACUCGCCGGCGCAGACGACGACUCUUCUCCCCCCGCCAUAAAACCUUGGAAACUUGCCGGCCUGCAGAAAGGCUUAGUCACCCACGCCCUCAAGGACGUCCUCGACAGUCUCAACGAGCGUCCGCUGUACAAAAAGACCAUAUCCCCCCAGCCCUUCAUAAGGGCCCUGGAGCGUGCCUUUGGCACCCGCAUUAGCCGGCAGCAGCAAGAUGCCCAGGAAUUCUUGCAAGUCAUCACCGAGCGCCUAUGCGAUGAAUACCACGCUGGUGCAAAUGCCCGUCAACAGGCAUUGAAGGCAGGUACAACCACAGCAGAAGAUUGUGCUUCGGAGAAACGCGAAAUUGUCGAACAGUUCGACGCUGCUCCUACACAACCAAUCGAACCCGAUGCCGCACAUGAAGAAACAACUGAACCCCCUAGCGAGGAGGGCUUCCCCUUCGAAGGCAAAAUCGAAUCUCAAAUCGAGUGCCUCACCUGCGGCUUCAAGCCCAAACCCACCGUUUCGACCUUUGUGACUCUCACACUCAACGUUCCACAAACUUCCUCGGUAACCCUCAAUAAGUGUCUAGAUGGUAUAUUUCGGAUAGAACACAUUGAUGAUUUCAGAUGCGACUGCUGUCGCUUAAAGUAUGCACUCGAGACCAGGACGCGCGAACAUGAACGGGCUUCGGCCGGUGACAAAAAAUCGCAAUUGGCUUCAGAUAUUGAGAAGAUCCAACAAGCUUUGAAAGAUGACCCAGAAUCGCCUCCUGAAGAUGUGGAACUUCCCGAUGGUCCCAAGCAACGCAUCGCUCGACACAUGUAUAUUUCGUCUUUUCCCAAAGUCCUCGCCCUCCAUCUAUCUCGUUCCGUAUUCGCUGUGGGGACCAUCUCUACCAAGAACCUUGCCAAGGUUUCCUUUCCUGAAGAGCUUCCACUCGGAGGGCUAAUCGAUAGGCAAAAUUACCGCCUGCUCGGGCUGGUCAAUCACAAGGGAACGCACAAUAGCGGUCAUUACGAGUCGUUCCGUCGACAGGUACAACCGGUACCGUUUUCCACUCCGCAUUCGUUUGGCACCGAAGGCGUAUACAGUGUGCAAGGAAGUCCCAACCCAUCUGCUGUCCAAAGUCCUCGGAUGUCAACUUCCAACCUCACCAUCACCGACCGCGCUUCUAGAUUCCCUGACAUAGCGACCGGGCCUGCGCCAGACUCUCCUUCGCUCCACUCCCAAUCAUCUCUCUCAUCCAAUACUCGCGACUGCGCCCUUCAGUCCUCAUCCUCGACAUCAUCUGCUAUCGCGCCAGGACCCACGUCCGCGCCAUCUUCCGAUGACAAUGCGUCUCAAAAGCCCCCAUCCACAGCGUCGACGUCGCGGCCCAAAAGCACAAAGAGCAUUCGAUCUCUCAAAGAAAAAGCCUCCACGAUGAUCGAAGAUUCGAAAUCAAGCCUGGCCACGAAACGGAAAGCCAAAGCGAGACGCGUGAACACGAAUCGAUGGUGGCGUAUCAGUGAUGACAAGAUCAAGGAGAGCAAGACGAGUGAUGUCUUGGGCAUGCAAAAAGAGGUCUAUUUGCUGUUUUACGAGCUCGAUAGACGAUAG